AACACGAACCGACUCCGAAUCGCUCGGAUAGAAGACACGAUCAAGGAUUUGUCAUGAAAAGGAUCUAAAAUAAGGCCUGUCAUUUUCUGUAUCUUUCUUUCUUUCAAAAUCCAGCAUAAUGAUGCGUAAGUUCAGUUCGGAGGGUGCGUUGUUGGAGAUGGACUGCCUGCCCUGGGGAGAUCGAGAUGGGACCUUGGAGGAUGGGCCAGAUGGAGCCUCAGCAUCCUAUCCUUGCACCCCAGAUGCAAAGUCAGGGAGUGCUGGAAAGGGGGAGCUUAAAAGAGAUCACAGCAUUAGUAUGGAAAAUCUGGUUGACUUGGAGAAGGACUCUGGUUUACUGAAAGUGACGAAUCUUAAUGAGAGCUUUAAAGCGUACAGUGACAGCCAGCUCACUGGCAAUGCCAAAGGCAGCUUUGAGAGUGUGGGAAAGUGUGAAGCCCAGCACCACUCCCCAUCAUCCACACUGAAAUCCGGCCAUAUGCCUGUCUCCCCAAAACCUCCCCUCUAUCACCGAAAGCAAGCUCGGGCCAAACUGACAGCUGCUAAAUUACAUCUUAAAAGUUUGUUUGGACAGGGUUCACCGCAGUCCUCGCAUUCGAAUUUGACAAGUGCAGAGCACAGAGAGAACAUAACCAGCACUAAAGAGAAGCGUUCUCAAAUGCCUUUCCUCAGGCAGUGGAGUCAGGUGGGCCACGGCAGAGCUCAACUCAGCAGGGAGGAGAUGGAAAGUUGGGCCAAGUCCCUUGAUGCUUUGCUGGAAAGCAGAGUGGGAGUCACAGUGUUUGAAGCGUUCCUGCGAUCCGAGUUCAGUGAGGAAAACCUGCAGUUCUACUCGGCCUGUGAGCAGUACAGACAGUCGUCCAACAAAUUCAGCCUGCAGAGACGGGCAAAAAUGAUUACUGAGACUUACAUCCAGCCAGGUGCUCCCAGAGAGGUGAACCUGGACAGCAAGACGAGAGAACUGACCCUAGAGCUCCUCAAAGGCCCCUCUCACACUUCCCUCUCACAUGCUCAAAGACGCAUCUACUGCCUCCUGGAAAUGGACUGUUACCCCCGCUUCCUCCAGUCGGAGAUCUACCUCACACUACUGAGGGAUUCAUAUUAGAACAAGAAUGGGCAAAAUGUCUGAAAGGGGAGUCAUCCUAAAAACUGAACAGACAUCAUGCCUGGACAGUGGAGACCGCAAACUUGUCUCUGUGAUGAAAAAAAAUCAUCUUAACUACUGAAGAACGUUUUAGUGAAAAAAAGUGAAACAGACGAGCAGAGAUGAUGCGAUUGUAUUGAAUUUGAAUGCAUAGUGUCUAAAGGGGAAAGAAGUGCUGACAUUUUACGUUUGAUAUGGGCUUUUUUAUUUGCUACACUGAAACGAUAUCACUGGACUAAAUGGCUUGUUAACAGUCAACAAAGGGAAAAACAUGUCUGGCAAGAAUGGGCUGUUCAGUGAAAGGCCGGAGCACUCAUUAGGGUCAGACCAUUCUUUGACUCCAACUGUAUGUGUGGUUACAGAGGAGCAGCACUAAUGACUCAUUCCUCGAAUUUACUUUCCAAUAAAUAAUUCUAUAAUAUAUUCAAACAAAACCUCAAGCUCUCACCAAGACAAAAUUAAAAUAGACUGUCAUCUAAAUAAGCAAUAUGAACACAAGUACUUUAAAUAAAAGUUAAAAACUUCCUCGUAGGCUUGAGAUCAGACGGCCAGAUUGAGUUUAAAAUGUUUGAGACAUUUUAAACCCUGUGCAUUAGCAUAUUAUGAUUUUAUGAUCACAGAUUGCAUAUUAAAGCUGUACUCGUCAUUCAUUUGAAGAAAAUGUGACUGUAGACAUUGAAAUCAAAGGUCUAUCACUGAGUUUGGCCCUUUUUUAAAUCGAAAUAAUAUGAACCCAUGUUAUUAAAAAGGGUUUUUGGUUGUUUUUAGGUAACUAGAAUUCACUAAAUGUCACACAUACUUAAGUGACACUCUGUAGAGCGUGUUGCAGGGAAAUGUCACAAGUUGACAGGUUUGAAAUGCAGACACUGAACGGGAACCUGCUUGAGCAAACUGGCUUGACACCAGCACUAAUACCAUCCCAGUGAGCACACGUACAUUUCCAAGGCUUCAGUUAAAGAGAAAAUUACCUGAAGAGCACUUAUUCUUAUUAUUAGACAAAUUAAGAACAUCUUAAAAAGAGCAGAUCACAAAAAUGUCAACUUGAACAUCUGAGAGGGAACAUUUUUCAAAUGUAUAUUCCAGAUGAAUGCACAUAGCAAAAAACUUUGUGAUGUGUUUGUAUUUUAGUGUCUGUUGAUGAUGUCUGCUGUGACUGACAGACGGUACAUGUAUUAUUACUGUAGACAUGCUACUAAGAACCGCAUGCACUAAUGUCCUUGGUUUAAUCUGUUUGAGUAUAAUAUAAAGGAUUUCCUUAAGGGAAUCAUGGAAUUAUGUGAUCAGUGUAUAAGAAUGAGCAUCAGUUUGACUGUCAAAGUAUUUAUGUUGUUUGAGAGCAGCGGUAUAAAUGAAUCGAGCAGAACAAAUGUUUAACCAUUUAAUUUAAUUUUCACAAAAAAGUCUGUACUUUUGCAUUGACCGGUUUUUGGAGAACAUUAUAAAACAUUGUGAUUAUAAAAGCACAAGCCAUAAAAUGAAUAGCUGACACAUUUAUAAAUAGGACUGAUAAAAAAAAAGUUACAAAUAGCUGCUUGAUGUUUUUUUCAUUAAAGGUCUUUUUCACUUUUGUGGUUUAAUAAAAGUUCUUUCUCUCCCUU